AUGGCAACACGUGAUGCAACUAAAGUUAUAUUUGAACAAAUUGAUACAAAUCGAGAUGGAAAUAUUGAUAAAAAUGAACUUCGUACAUGGAUUUCAAAUGCAGAAGAAUUGCCUUCUGCAUCAUGUGAAUUAGCAACUACUGAACGUAAUUUUAAUGAUAAUACCAUCACUCGAUUUGAUCGAAAUAAAUAUAAAGGUAGUUGUGAAAAUAUUUCCAAAUAUAGAACUGAUAAAUAUACUUCAUAUGAAACUACAACAGUAGCUAGAGAGUUGAUGGAUGAUACGGUGAUUACUACAAAUAGUUCAGAAGAAACGAAUCGAUAUAUUGAAAGAUCACCUAAUAAUAUUUAUAAGGAUCCUAAUCCACAAAUUAUUCGACGAGCAGCACCGGACCGUCCAGUAACAUAUGAACAACGAAUACAUCUUAAAUAUCUUCAACCACCAGCUCUUUCACCACCAGGACCACUCAUUAUUAAAGAAGUGCGUCCACCACAACCACCACCACCUCCACCGCUUGUCAUACGCGAACAUGCAUCAUCUCUUAGUUCACCAUCUCCACUUAUCUUACGUGAACGACCACCAAUACCACCGCCAUGUAUUCCCAGUGAAACGAUUACUCGUUAUUUACCUCCUAUACCUGUUCCACCACGAUCAGUUGUCAUCGAACGUUAUCCACCUCUUCCAGAAAAACCACGUGAUAUUAUAAUUGAACGAUGGCUUCCUUAUGGACCCCAACCUGAACGUCGUACAAUUGUUGAACCUGCUCCUCCUCCUAUACCAUAUCCAGAACCACGUAAUAAAAUUAUUACUUAUGAUGCUGUUGAAGCACGUACAGUCAGAAAAUUUGAACAUCUUGGUCCUUGUAAAAGAGAUCCUGCCGAUUAUGUAGCUCAUUAUGGGAGAUCACUUUUAGAUCCAGAUACACUUAUCCAACAGGCUCGUAACGCUAAUAUUAUUGAAGAUAUAUCGCCUCCGCCACCAUCAUCAUCGAUACAUGUAAAUAUACGCGGAGAUAUUGAUUGCGAUCAGUCAAAUGACAAAAUCAAUAGAGUUUUUUCAUCAUCAGGUGGAACUUGUUGCGAAAGAUAUCAACUGGGUGCUGGUACGCAAACUUUUAAUCGUGGUAGUACAAGAUAUGCAUCAUCAACAUCGAAGUUGAUGUGUGGAAGUAGAAUCCAAUCUGGAUUUCAUGAUGGUGACACUACUAUUACUUCUGUUUGGAUAUAA